AUGUUCGUGGUUUACCUGAUCCGUUCAAUCACAACAUCAACAAACUCAACCUGCAGCAGCGGAACAGAACAAAGCAGCUGGUGCAAAGAUAUGAAGACUUUUCAGACGCGUGGCCAUGAAAACACAAGACUCACCAACAAGAUCCACGGAAGAAGCGCGGGAGAUCCAGGGUCCAGGGUCGGCGGCUGCAUGUGUGUGAUGUCCUCACACCUGGCUCCGGAUGUGAGCGGUUUGAUCCCUCUGCUGUGGAGGAGCGUUUACGCGCCGCUGGCGCCAAUGGCCGUACGGCUCCGUGCGUCUCCACGUUGUUGA